AUGGCGUGGCGGCUGCGCGUGCGCAUGCGCGGGGCGGUGUGGGCAGCGCUUCCCGCCAUGCCGGCCUGGGGUCUGCUGCUGCUUCUCUGCGGGGCGCGGGUGGCGUGGGCUCUGGAGCCGCUGAGCGUGGGCCUGGCCAUCGGCGCGGCCUCGGCCCUGACGGGCUUCCUCUCCUCGCCCCGCUUCUACUGCCGCUUCGUGGAGUGCUGCCCCGCCGAGGGAGACGGGCUCAACGCCACUGCGCUGCGCCUGUCCUUGGAGAAGAGGCUCUUUGGUCAGCACCUGGCCUCGGAGGUGGUCCUGAAGGCGGUCUCGGGCUUUGUCCAGAACCCGGAGCCCAAGAAGCCGCUGGCGCUCUCCCUCCACGGCUGGGCCGGCACUGGCAAGAACCUGCUCAGCCAGAUCCUGGCAGAGAACCUCCACCCGCGGGGCUUGCGCAGCGCCUUCGUCCACCUCUUCCUGGCCACCCUCCACUUCCCCCACCAGCACCAGGUCAAGCUCUACAAGGACCAGUUGCAGCGAUGGAUCCGGGGCAACGUCAGCGCCUGCGCGAGGUCCGUCUUCAUCUUCGACGAAAUGGACAAGCUCCACCCGGGGAUCCUCGACGCCAUCAAGCCCUUCCUCGACUAUUACGACAACAUCGAUGGCGUCUCCUACCGGAAGGCCAUCUUCCUCUUCCUCAGUAACGCAGGGGGAGACCUCAUCACCAAAGUGGCCCUCGACUUCUGGCGGAGAGGCGAAGUGAGAGAAAAGAUCCAGCUCAGGGAUCUAGAGUCUGUGCUAUCCGUCGGCGCUUUCAACAACAAGAACAGUGGCCUCUGGCACAGCAGCCUCAUUGACCGGAACCUCAUCGACUAUUACGUGCCCUUCCUGCCCUUGGAGUACAAACACGUCAAGAUGUGCGUCCGGGCAGAGAUGGCCUCCCGCGGCCUCCGGGUUGACGAAGAAGUCGUCCGAAAUGUCGCCGAUGAGAUGACCUUCUUCCCCAAAGACGAGCGGAUCUUCUCCGACAAGGGCUGCAAGACGGUGCAGACCAAGCUGGACUUCUACUGAAGGCAGGUCUCAGGACGAGGAGUUUCCCCAAAAGGUCGCACUUUCCCAUCCAAGAGAAAUCAACGGACCUUUCGGGUUUUUUUAGGGUCGCCCUUUGGUCUCAAAUAUGGUCUUUCGUGCUAUAGAAAUCCUUGGUAAACAUUGACAAUCAAAACUACUGAUCGAUCGGCAGGACUAUGAGUCCCAGCAGGCUUGUCCAGCUCACCCAAUGAUUGGGGGUUGGAGUCCAGUUACUUCUGUAUUGCAAGAUCUGACUGGUAAUCAAAAAGGACUGAUAGAAUGGUGUGAUUACAAGUUCCAGCAGGCUUAUACAGCUUACCCAAUGGUCAGGCAUGCUGGGAGUUGGAGUCCAGUAACUUCUGUAUUGCAAGAUCUGGCUGGGAACAAAAAGGACUGAUAGAUCAAUGGGACUACAAGUCCCAGCAGGCUUAUCCAGCUCACCCAAUGGUCAGGCAUGCUGGGAGUUAGAGUCCAGUGACUUCUGUAGUGCAAAAUCUGGCUGGGAAUCAAAAAAGGACUGAUAGCUCAAUGGGACUACAAGUCCCAGCAGGCUUAUCCCACUCACCCAAUAACAAAUCAUGCUGGGAGUUAGAGUCCAGUGACUUCUGUAUUGCAAGAUCUGGCUGGGAAUCAAAAAGGACUGAUAAAUCAAUGGAACUACAAGUCCCAGCAGGCUUAUCCAGCUCACCCAAUAACAAAUCAUGCUGGGAGUUUGAGUUCAGUGACUUCUGUAUUGCAAGAUUUGGCUGGGAAUAAAAAAGGACUGAUAAAUCAAUGGGACAUAGAUUGGCAGGACUACAAAUCCCAGCAGGCUUAUCCAGCUCACCCAAUGGUCAGGCAUGCUAGGAGUUGGAGUCCAAUUACUUUUGUAGUGCAAUAUCUAACUGGGAAUAAAAAAGGACUGAUAGAUCGGCGGGACUACAAGUCCUAGCAGCCUUAUCCAGCUCACCCAAUAGCAAAGCAUCCUGGGAGUUGGAGUCCAAUGGUUUCUUUAUUGUAAAAUCUGGCUGGCAAUCAAAAACAACUGAUGAAUCAGUGGGACUAAAAAUCCCAGCAGGCUUACACAGCUCACCCCGUGGCGAGGCAUGCUGGGAGUUGGAGUCCAAUAGCUUCUGGAUACAAAAAUUAUAUAUUUUUAGUUGUUGUUCUGGAUCCUAUUACCGGUUCUGAAUAGGAAGAACGGUGUUUCCCCAUUCAUUGCUAUUUGACCCAGAACCUCGCCAUGAUAUGGAACAGAUUUAUCAGAGUCGCUGGUAUUGAGGGUUUCCCGUAAAUGGAGGAAAGCGGAGGGGAAUUGUAGACUAUUCUGGCUGCGUCUCCGUAUCCGGAUUCAAAACGGCGACGUUUCCCACAACCGAAGCCAUGGCUUCGCAUCCGUCAACAGGAUAUAUCUGUUUGCAAUUUCCUUCCGCUCCUCCAGACACAGAAUGACCUCCAAGGGGUCAACAUGGGAAGGAAAGGAACGCCAAUAUCUAACAAAACAGAAGUCAAUGGAUAACUCAAUAAAUUGAUUCCAGUUGGGACCAAAACUCAAGAUAGAUCUGGAGUGCCUUAUUCGGUUGGUGAGGAAUUGUGCAUAAUAGAGGCCUUUGCAAGGGGUUGCCUUUGGAAUAUAAUAUAUAUGAUAUUUUAUAUAUAUAUGAGCCCUCCAGUCCCUAAACACUAGAUUUUCAUAGGAUUCUUUGGCUGCAAUAUGGCCUCGAGGUGGUGUAAAUAUCUGAAUAGUGGUCAACGAUUGUGUAACAUGAAAUAUGUCUUCUGGUGGUCUUUGGUGACCCCUCUGAAACCCAAUCACGACCCCCAGGUUGAGAAACACCGCCAUAAAUGGAGGUCAAGGGGAGGGAAGGUUGACCUAGGGAGGGAAGGGUGGAGUGGCCCCUCCAUGGCCCAAUCCCAGAGAGAAAGAGAAGGAACAAGGUAAAUACAUCCUGGAUAUCAGAUGUUUACAUUAUGACUCAUAACAGUAGCCAAAUGACAACAAUUAAAAUAAUUUUACGGUUAGGAAUCACAACAUGAGGAACUGUAUUAAGAGGUCGUGGCAUCCGGAAGGUCGAGAACCACUGCUGUAUAAAGAAUGUAUUUCUAUAUAUUUGAGAACAGGAAUGACAAGAGAUCAAUGUAUAAAUGGGAUUGAUUGGGCCAUCUGUUUCAUGGGCAGAGUCUGUUUACAUUGAACCGCUUUGGAGCCAAGGAAUGCGAGAAUGUGAUUGUGAAUUAAUUCAUUUUGAAUAUGCUUUAAAUAAUAUUUUACUUGGGGGGGAAAAGGUCAUUUUACUUGUCCCAUUGUUGCAUUUUUCAUCCCUUCUGUUGUCUGAAUGCGAGAAAUGUGCCUGGAUUGUGGAUUGUCUCCCGAUGGCUUCAAUAAAAGGAAUAUGUGUUUGGAAA